AUGGCAAGGCCUCUUAACACUCACUCAAAUUUAGCAACUCGCUUACAAUUGGACAACCAGAAUAACUGUUGGGAUUCCUUAUUUGAGCUUCAAUCUUGCACUGGAGAAGUCAUAAUGUUCUUCCUCAAUGGUGAGACCUAUCUUGGACCCAAUUGUUGUCAUGCCAUAAGAAUUAUACAUCACGAGUGUUGGCCAGCCAUGAUGGGUUCACUUGGCUUCACUGAGCAAGAAGGUGAUAUUCUACUUGGCUUUUGUGACGCUUCUAAUGAUGAUGAUGAUAAUACCACUGCUCAAACAUUGCCACCACCCUCUCCGAUUGAGGGCUAA